CAAUUGAGCGCGUGGGUCAGCCUCACUUUUUCUCUCUGUCUGUGAUAAAAACUGCUUAACGAAGAGAGAGAAAAAGACUCUUAACCAAAGAGGAAGAAGAAAGAUUUUAUCUGUUAAGUGCUAACCGUAUUUAACGAACAGUUCCGGUUCCGGUAAACCCGUGCGCACGUUUGCAAUCCUUAAGCAAAUCGUUCGAGGUUCGAUGGCUGAGUUGACUCAGGCCGAGGUGUACUCACCUUGGUCCAUGCAAGUAUGGAGAGCGCUUUUGAACUUGCUGGCUUUUUUCUUUCAGAUCUUUGCUCCCAUCAUCAGAGCCGUUGGUCAAUACCCUUUGCUUUCUUCCUCUGCUUCUUCUUCUUCUUCUUCAUCAACGACUUCGACCCCGGCGCACUGUUUUAAGCCUUUGCCUGUCGUUGACUCGACCGAGAUAGAGUCUCCCGCUACGGUCGAGAUCGCUGCCGUUUUCGACUCGCCUGUUCUCGCCGUUAAAGACCGCAUCGAAAAACUCACGGUAGUUCUUGACUUGGAUGAAACUCUAGUGUGCGCAUAUGAGACAUCUAGUCUUCCACCUGCCCUUCGAAAUCAAGCAACAGAUGCUGGAUUGAAGUGGUUUGAGCUGGAAUGCGUAUCUUCAGACAAGGAAUGUGAAGGAAAAGCUAAGAUCAAUUACGUUACUGUGUUUGAGCGCCCAGGGUUGCGAGAAUUUUUGAAUCAACUAAGUGAAUUUGCUGAGCUUGUGCUGUUCACCGCAGGCCUUGAAGGCUAUGCUAGACCACUUGUUGAUAGAAUUGAUGCAGAAAAUCGAUUUAGUCUUCGACUUUAUAGGCCUUCUACAAUUAGUACGGAAUUUCGGGAGCAUGUGAAAGACCUCUCCUGCCUAUCUAAGGAUUUAUGCCGUACUGUUCUUGUAGACAAUAACCCUUUCAGUUUCCUGUUGCAACCACUAAAUGGGAUCCCAUGCAUUCCAUUUUCUGCAGGGCAGCCACAUGAUACACAGCUUCUGGAUGUCCUUCUUCCACUUCUCAAGCACCUUUCUCAGCAGAAAGAUGUGAGACCUAUUCUUUAUGACAGGUUCCGCAUGCCCGAAUGGUUUCAAAAGCAAGGUAUCCCUGCUUCUAGUUGGUCAGCGUAGGAAAAAGAUAAUAGACAAGGCCCUCAGUUUCUCAGGUACUUUUUGUACCAAUCUCUAUUGUCCUAAGCAGCAUCUUGUUAUGGGAUUUUAUGACCUUUUGUACAGCAUCUGAAUUCUGGAGGUGUCAAUGAAGGCCAUCAGAGACUUGCAAAAGGGUUAAUGUGAUGCUAUCUCAUAUUUGAUUAGGUAAACCAUUAAUGUAUUUAGGUCCACUGAUAAUUCUUGGUUCUUAGCGUAACUCUGUUUAUAAGCUUGCAAUUCUGUUGGAUGUUUAUGUAUCUUUCAGAAAUUUGUAAAUUUCUUCUCAAUCAAUGAUUACUUGUAGUUUGCACAUCCUUUAUCAUGUUUGGUUUCUAUGCUAUUUUGUACAAGAAGCCACGGCUCUCACUGCCUAAUUGCAUUUUCAAAUGUUACAAGAGAGAUCUUGAAAUGAUUUUGCAAGAGAUGAAAAUGACUAAGAAGUUUGGCCGGAUGUACCAAGUUUUUAAUUUGUUUCUCUUAAACGGGGCAGGGACGAAGUGAGAACAACUGCAAGUAUGGCUAUAAGGUUAGUUUGAUCUGCCAUGAAAGAGAGAGGGACAAAAUAUGAAGAGGUUAUGAACAGGGAUUUUGCCAAGCAUCACUGCAUCAGCUAGGUUCUGAAUUCCGAUGUUUUACAAGCUUGAACCGGAUCUAAGCCUCCGUAGAAGUUAGGUCAUGUUUGGCAUAGGAUGAGAUUUGUUAUAAUGAGAUUGAAAACAGACAGAUUUGCAACGGUGAGGUAAAAUUGAAAUCAGGAUGAGACAAACUUUUUCAAAGGUCCGGUUUUGCUCGUACAUAUUGCCAUCAUUUUUUUAUAGCUGAUGCUACCUCUGAUAGAAAAGGUAGGAAAGGAACUAAUCUUUAAACUCCCCUGGAGAUUAGAAAGUUUUGGAUUAAGCUUCCAACUCUUUUGCAAGUGCCUUCAAAAAGGGCCCUUACUUAAAGCCCUUUCAAAAUCGUUGUGAGCAAGGCAGGUUCAGACACAGAUGACAGGUUUGUUUUGAGCCCAAAGGUCUUUGGAGAUACCAUCUCUUACACGUUUUUCUCAUUCUCAUCUAACGGCAUUUGCGUAACUGAUGCAUACUAAACAACCUCGUCCUCGCCUAUGAACAUAUUACAUGGAGCAA